AUGCCGCGCUAUCUUGUGUCUGGCUCCUGCAUCGGAGGUGUUAUGGUAACACACAACCGUACAUGUAGCACCAUUGGCCUUCUGUGCACACUGCGGACGACGGGAAAGCAUGCCGAUAGCAUGAAGUCAGUCCCCUUUUAUUCAUGUCUACUCAUACACCUUCCCAGGUGUCAACCAAAUCUCAUCACAUAUAUUCCUAACGACAAACUCAAGACGAAAGUUUGCGACAACUCACUUCUUACGAUGACAGUCGCCACUUUACAGCAACUAAAAUGCUGGCGACCGACGGUUAAAUGCUUUAGGCGAGUUCCAUACAACGUUCAAGCAUUUUUUCGAAUCCCCAGAAUCCAACAAAUAGGAGAGGCGAGCACCAGAGCUUGUGUGAUCGAGAGUAAGAGUAUGAAUAUAGUGUGUUGAUUCGUAGUGAUCUGGUGUUGUUCAACUAAGCAACUCGCUUGCCACAACCACAGGAUUUUCUUCGGGGAACUUAUGUCAUUGAGAGCUUCAAAAACAGGAGCAAAUGUCACAUAAGGUUAUAUUGUCGAUAGAAGGCAUCACUAGUAAUUAUCAAUUACCUACUUAUCGGCGCUGGGAGGUACAAGAGAGUGGCUCAUCAUGUGACUCUUGGCCAAUCACGCGCAAGACUUUGGAUUGUGUAAAAGAAGAUCCACUUGUAGAUGCCUAGAUGG